CUCCUCCACAUCGUAAUUACGAACCGGUGACCUCUUUGAUACAAAACCUUUCCUUCUCUCUCGCUGUCUCCAUCCUCUGUUCUUCUCUGCUAGCACAGCCAGAGCUCGCUCGCUAGUUGAAUCUCUGUUCUGAUCUCUCCAUUGUCGACCUCACGUGGAUUUCCAGUGUUCUUGGUUCUCGAUCUGUGGUUUCCUUGAUACGCCUGCGAUCAGGGAUCUGUUCUCACCGAUUCGUCAGCAAAGAUGCCUCUCAGACUGGAAAUCAAGAGAAAACUUGCUCAAAGAUCCGAAAGAGUAAAAUCCGUGGAUCUUCAUCCCACAGAACCAUGGAUUCUUGCAAGUCUUUACUCAGGAACUGUGUGCAUCUGGAACUACCAGUCACAGACAAUGGCAAAGUCUUUUGAGGUCACUGAAUUACCAGUUCGGUCAGCAAAAUUUAUAGCCAGGAAGCAGUGGGUUGUUGCUGGAGCUGAUGACAUGUUUAUCCGUGUAUACAAUUACAAUACAAUGGAUAAGGUGAAAGUAUUUGAAGCACACACGGACUACAUCAGGUGUGUGGCAGUCCAUCCUACCCUUCCAUAUGUGUUGUCAUCAUCUGAUGACAUGCUUAUAAAGUUAUGGGAUUGGGAGAAGGGUUGGAUGUGUAUCCAGAUUUUUGAGGGGCAUUCCCACUACGUGAUGCAAGUGACAUUUAACCCCAAGGAUACCAAUACUUUUGCAAGUGCCUCUCUUGAUCGUACAAUAAAGAUUUGGAAUCUUGGCUCCCCUGACCCAAAUUUUACAUUGGAUGCGCAUGCAAAAGGGGUCAAUUGUGUUGAUUACUUCACUGGUGGUGAUAAGCCAUACCUGAUCACUGGUUCUGACGAUCAUACUGCUAAGGUGUGGGACUACCAAACAAAAAGUUGUGUCCAAACACUAGAAGGUCACACACAUAAUGUUUCAGCAGUUUGUUUCCAUCCUGAUCUUCCAAUAAUAAUCACAGGUUCUGAGGAUGGGACUGUUCGAAUAUGGCAUUCAACGACUUAUAGGCUUGAAAACACAUUGAAUUAUGGUCUUGAACGAGUAUGGGCCAUUGGCUACAUAAAAGGAUCCCGCCGUGUCGUGAUUGGGUAUGACGAAGGAACAAUAAUGAUAAAGCUUGGUAAAGAAGUUCCAGUUGCUAGCAUGGACAGUAGUGGGAAAAUCAUAUGGGCUAAGCACAAUGAAAUUCAAACUGUGAACAUUAAAAGUGUGGGAGCAGAUUUUGAGGUUACAGAUGGAGAGAGAUUACCUUUGGCUGUGAAGGAGUUGGGAACCUGUGAUCUUUAUCCUCAAAGUUUAAAACAUAAUCCCAACGGGAGAUUCGUUGUUGUUUGUGGGGAUGGUGAGUACAUCAUAUACACAGCUCUAGCAUGGAGGAACAGGUCCUUUGGAUCAGCAUUGGAAUUUGUGUGGUCAUCAGAAGGAGAAUAUGCUGUUAGAGAAAGUACAUCAAGGAUUAAGAUUUUCAGUAAAAACUUCCAGGAGAAAAAGAGUAUACGACCUACAUUCUCUGCUGAGCACAUUUUUGGUGGAACUUUACUUGCAAUGUGCUCAAAUGAUUUUAUUUGCUUUUAUGAUUGGGCUGAGUGCAGAUUGAUUCGCCGAAUUGAUGUUAAUGUGAAGAAUCUCUAUUGGGCUGACAGUGGUGAUUUAGUGGCAAUUGCCAGUGAUACAUCCUUUUACAUCUUGAAGUAUAAUCGGGAUACUGUGUCAUCUUAUUUAGAUAGUGGAAGACCAGUAGAUGAAGAGGGGGUUGAGGAUUCUUUUGAGCUCCUCCAUGAGACAAAUGAGCGAGUCCGGACUGGAAUAUGGGUUGGGGAUUGUUUCAUUUACAAUAACUCUUCUUGGAGAUUAAACUACUGUGUUGGUGGUGAGGUGACUACCAUGUUCCACUUGGACAGGCCUAUGUAUUUGUUGGGAUAUCUUGCAAGUCAAAGUCGGGUGUAUCUUAUAGACAAAGAAUUAAAUGUUAUGGGAUACACCUUACUUCUCAGUUUGAUUGAAUAUAAAACUCUUGUGAUGCGUGGAGACCUAGAACGAGCAAAUGAAAUUUUACCCUCAAUUCCAAAGGAGCAAUACAAUAGUGUGUCUCGUUUCUUGGAAUCUCGAGGUAUGCUGGAGGAUGCACUGGAAGUAGCUACAGAUCCUAAUUACAGAUUUGAUCUGGCCAUUCAGCUUGGGAAACUAGAGGUUGCAAAGGCAAUUGCCACAGAAUUACAGAGUGAAGCCAAAUGGAAGCAGCUAGGAGAAUUAGCUAUGUCCACUGGAAAGGUACUGGGUUUCUUGAUGCAGUUAGAAAUGGCUGAGGAAUGCCUACAGCAUGCAAUGGACCUAAGUGGUUUAUUGCUUCUCUACUCCUCUCUUGGAGAUGCUCAAGGAAUAUCAAAACUUGCAUCUCUUGCUAAAGAUCAAGGAAAGAACAAUGUUGCAUUUGUUUGUUUAUUCAUUCUAGGGAAAUUGGAAGAGUGCCUCCAGCUGCUAGUGGAGAGUAACCGGAUACCUGAGGCUGCUCUUAUGGCCCGUUCCCAUCUUCCAAGCAAGGUCUCAGAGAUAAUUGCACUCUGGAGAAAUGACCUCAAUAAGGUUAACCAAAAAGCUGCAGAGUCUUUGGCGGACCCUCAAGAGUACCCUAAUUUGUUUGAGGAUUGGCAGAUUGCUCUUGCUGUUGAAUCUAUGAUUGCAGAGAAAAGGGGCGUGUAUCCUCCUGCUGAGAACUAUCUAAGCUAUACUGAGAAAUCAAAUAUCAACCUUGUGGAAGCUUUCAAGAGCAUGCAAAUUGAAGAGGAAGAAUCACAACUUGAAGAAAAUGGAGAUUCUGGUCAUGCGGUUGUGAAAGAAAAUGGAGAAGGCCAAGAAGAACCUGUCGAAAUGGAUGCUGAUUCUACAGAUGGUGCCAUCCUUGUUAAUGGUAACGAGGUUGACGACGAGUGGGGUACUCCAUCAGCCUAAAAGCUAUUUGGUUGGGCAAGUGUGAAAAUCCAAAAAUUGUCUCUGUACUUGCGCCAUGCCACUAGAGGUCUCAUCUCAUCAAGACAGCCGGUUCCAGCUGUUAUCCACCCUCUUCUGAAGCUUUGCCUUUGAUCAAGUUGACCUUUAUUUACGAGGACAGAUAGAGGGGAGGAGCCGGUUGUUUCAGGUAGCUGGUGAACUCGCGGCGGAUGGAAUUUUUUUGCCUUUGGCCACACACACAUAUAUAUAUAUAUAUAUUAUAAACAGUUUCCCAACUUCAAUUAUUUUCUUUUU